UUCCGGCUAGGCGCAGAGUUUGUUUACAUUGCUCAAAGAUCUAGCUGCUGCCUUUCCCAGCUCAGGCUCCAAAAUGGGGAAAUCCUUCGCCAAUUUCAUGUGCAAGAAGGACUUUCAUCCUGCCUCCAAAUCCAACAUCAAAAAAGUAUGGAUGGCAGAACAGAAAAUAUCAUAUGAUAAGAAGAAACAAGAAGAAUUAAUGCAGCAGUAUCUUAAAGAGCAAGAAUCAUAUGAUAACAGAUUGCUUAUGGGAGAUGAACGUGUAAAGAAUGGCCUUAAUUUCAUGUAUGAGGCUCCACCAGGGGCUAAGAAAGAAAACAAAGAGAAAGAAGAAACAGAAGGAGAGACCGAAUACAAAUUUGAAUGGCAGAAAGGAGCCCCACGAGAAAAAUAUGCCAAAGAUGACAUGAACAUCAGAGAUCAGCCCUUUGGUAUUCAGGUUCGAAAUGUGAGGUGCAUUAAAUGUCACAAAUGGGGUCAUGUCAACACAGAUCGAGAAUGUCCUUUGUUUGGUCUUUCUGGAAUUAAUGCAAGUUCAGUUCCCACUGAUGGCUCAGGGCCAUCGAUGCACCCCUCGGAGCUAAUAGCGGAGAUGAGAAACAGUGGGUUUGCACUGAAACGAAAUGUACUGGGGAGAAACUUGACCGCAAAUGAUCCAUCACAGGAAUAUGUUGCAAGCGAGGGUGAAGAAGAUCCAGAAGUUGAAUUUUUAAAGUCACUGACAACAAAACAAAAACAGAAACUUCUCAGGAAGCUGGAUCGACUUGAGAAGAAAAAAAAGAAAAAGAAAAAAGAUAGAAAAAAGAAAAAGCUUCAGAAGAGCAGAAGUAAACACAAAAAACAUAAAAACAAAUCCUCUUCCUCUUCCUCCUCCUCCUCCUCUUCCUCCUCUAGUGAGACUUCAGAAAGCAGCAGUGAGAGUGACAACAAAGAAAAAAACAUACAAAAGAAGAAAAGAAAGAAAAACAAGCAUUCAGGGCAUAACAGCAGUGAUUCUGACGAAGAGAUCGACAAGUCUAAGAAGAGAAAACUUGAUGAAGAGCGUUCUGGCAGUCACAGUAACAAGGAAAAGCCCAGAUCUUUCAAACAAGAGAGUUCUGGGGAGAAUGGCAAAUGGAGCCAUUCUGAUUCUGACCGAAAGCCCAGAAGCUAUAACCAGAGUCCAGAGAAGAGAGGAUCGGGAAGAGACGAGAGGAGAAACAGGAGCCAGAGCAGGGAUGAGAGGAAUAGGAGAAGCCGAAGCAGAAGUCACGGUAGCUACAAGCCAAAAGAAAUAAGAAAACGGUCACGGCGAAGUCCCAGUGAAGAGCGGAAGAGAGGAAACGACACCAGAAGCCAUGGCACAGAUAUAUACAGAGGGGGGAAAACGCCCAGAGAGCACUAGGGAGAUAAGCAUACUAGAGUGACGCCAAGAGAACGAAGCAGAAAUAGAGAAUAAGGAGAGAAUUGUAUAUGACAAUUCCCUGGAAAGAAAAAUAUCUCCACUUUCUUCUUGAAUACCUUUAGUAAGGGCUAAAUUAUGUACUAUUGUCUUUUUAAUAAAAAAAACCUCUAUUUUAAUUUUCCAUCUCUAUAAGCUGUCAUAUCAAGUACAAAACUACAUGAAUCCUAUAAGAAUGAAAUUGCAAAUAUUUGUAAGUGAUCUUUGAAAAUAUGAGCUGUAAAAAUAUUUUCUGUUGAUAAAUAUUUCUUGUGCCCUAUACUAAGAUAAAAAACCCCAUAUAAGUGUGACAUUUUCUUUGUUCCGAAACAUCAUUAAAAGAAUGAGAGUA